CCAAGCUGACUCUUACCCUACCACUAGUGACCAGUCCACGUACGCCGGAUCCCGAGAAACCAGCGAAGAAGAACCCACCGUACGGCGUAACGCACUACUACCGUCCCAAAGCUAUGUCUGGAUCGAAAAUACGGGCAAAACGACGACGGGGAACAAUGAAUCGCUCCGAAAGCAGAGUGAAGAAACAACGGGUAGGUCAGGAACCUCAGCAGCCGGUGGAAACACGGAAUGAUGAUGACGACUUCGUCACCCCACCAACAAGACUCAACCCAAGGCUUGAGCCCGACAUAUUGAGGAAUGAACCAGAGUAUGAGUUAAAUGAAGAAGAGCAAACAAAGUACCCGAGCAUGAUUACCCGUGUAACUGGGAAGCCACUUGUGGAUGCACUGAAUGCAUUGAAUGCAAGACAGCGCCAAGCAGUUACAUCGAUUGGGUUCCAGCAAAUCCUGCACUUGAAAAUUAUUGAGACACCCAAGAGGUUGGGGAAUUGGUUGCUACAAAAUUUUGACGCAUCGACGAGGACGCUGCGAUUAGAGGAUAACAAAACAAUCACAAUUGGGGAGGAUGAGGUUGAAGCUGUGUUCGGGCUACCACGCGGAGGAGUUGAAGUAACGAAUCGGAAACCGAACGAACUUACUAAAACUCUACUAGAGUGGAGGGGUUUCUAUCUCACAGCUAGGCACAACAUCACCCCAGCAAAAGUCUCAUCAAUGUUGGAUGAAUUCCCAGAAGGGUGUGAUUGGUUCAAGCGGCAUUUCACCGUUUUGUUGGUAAGCACAAUUAUAAGAUCAAUGCAAAAUGGGUAUUGCCACCAGCUUUUCAUCGACGACCUAGAUGAUGUUACCCAAAUAUCCAAUCUCAACUGGUGCAAGUAUCUAUUGAUCAACCUCGUUGAAACCCACGAGAAAUGGAUGACAAAGAAGCACAAGAGAUUCAGUGGCCCACUGUUAUUCCUGACGGUGCUGUAUAUGGAUCGUGUGAAGUUUGUUGGCAACGCAGUACCCCGUCAAAGACCAGCCAUCAAAGGAUGGACAUGUAGACACAUGAGAGAUCGGGAAUUUAAAGAGAUACGACUAGGGGGGUUCGGCCAUGGAGAGUUAUUACCCGCUGAUCUGGAAGGUGAAGAGAGAGUAGAUGAUGAUCCACCAGAAGAUGCUGCAAAUUCUCACCAAAUAAGUGGGGGGGAAAAGCCAUUUGAAGAACGACUCACGCAGGUGAUGAUGGACUUGAAGAAGACUGUGGAGGACAUAGAGCAUCUAAUUAAGGAGGCUGAUGAUGUGACGGUGAAGGAAGAAAUAUUCAGACAAUUCCAAGACAGGACGCAAACCCUAACGAAAAUGCAGGGAAGUCAUGGGACCGCCGAGGUGAAUUUGACACCACCCACUGAACCGGGUGACACGCAGUGUUCGGAUGAAAUCUGGAACAACCCCAACACCAUACAGUGGGUCCAGGAGGUCGAAAGAGAUGUUCAGCAACAAAUCGAAAAGUCAUAAAUCCCAAGUUUCAGCUUGGGGUUGACCCAACUGGACAUGAAUGUAAUGGCGUCAAGUAUUGGUAAUAUGGAAAGGCACAACACACUGAAUACGGAUAACAUCGUCCAUGAUGGAACACAGGUGAAUCGUGGAGAUAAUACACCAGCUAGAAUGCACGCAGCUACAACUGACAAUCGCGAUGCCCCGGCAGAAAAUAAUGCACCCAACAGUGGUGACAUAUUCCAUACUCCAACAGAGCAACUACUUGGUAUUCCUGAUAGUGGGACCAAAAAUAUGUGUGUGCCUCCAUUUGGCGCACCCAUGAGGAGGGGACGACCACCCAUAAAUGAGCCCACCAAUGUUGACGGGGAGAUGGCAAUGGUCAACGGAGUAUGUUAGCCAGAUUAUGGGAAUGCCAUAUGAAGAAAUUCCACAGCCCUUUGUUAUACAACAAUGGAUUGCACAGAGUAUCAACAAUGACAUGUAUGAGGUGUUAUUCAGCUACAAAGAGAGGGUGGCACGACUCGGGGACUUUGCCUCUUUACUGAUGGACACCCUAGUUUCUGCUGGAAUUAUUGACACAUGGGCCUGCAUUCUGAAUUGCCGUGAGGCAAUGAACACGACGGGACGCCCAAAAAGAGUAUUUGCAUCCACAACAACAACGCACCGAACUGUUGUUGACCCCCACAAAUCAAGGAACCAAAGGUACAUAUGGUUCACGAAAAGGUUGAAGGAUGAUUUCACGCUAUCCCCGUACCAAAAGUGGUCUGAUGUAGACAUGGUCAUAUUUUCGAUACUCCAAAGCGGGCACUGCUACAUAAUCAGCGUGGACAUGGUAAAGAUGAAAACUGAAAUCAUUGAUAACUCAUCUGUACGCAUGCCAAAUGAGAAAAAGUACUUGAAGAUCCCAGAGGACUUGAUAGACCUAGUAGCCACAUUCAUAGACGACGAAGUCUCAAUUAUAAAGGGUGCUGACAUCGGAAGAAUCAUCCCAACCAGAAUGCAAAUGCCAUGGAGAGACACAAAAAACACAAUCGACUGCGGUAUUUACGCCAUGCGGCACAUGGAAACAUUUGUGGGCCAGACUUACUCAACAUGGAAGUGUGGACUGAAAAAAGGGGAUCUUUCAUAUAUACGCAACCUGAGAAUGAUAUACAUGCGCGAAAUCCUAAUGUCAGAGUUCAACAACCACCGAGCUGAAAACAUCAAACGUGCAAUUGAUUUCCAAAAUGGACUAUUCCGCAACUAUGUGACGCACCACAACUGACAUGAGGUGGUACAAUGCGCAACGGUGGACAGUGAUUUAUUUUUUUGGAUUAGAUUAAGAAUAUGAGCGAACUAGAACCAGCCAAUUUAUUACGAAAUAGUUAAUUCUGUUGACUUUGUUAUGGGUUUUUUGAGCACACUGAAUGUAGUGGUGCACAUGUUACUUCAUAUCUGUAUUUUUGAAACAGCUUAUA